CUGUCCUAUCCGGUACCACGUCCUGCCCAUCCAGACAGUUUCCCUAAUUCAAACUACUACGAAAUCGGUCCUCUAGAUGCAUGUUUCAUCGUCUCUACCAUCGCGGUCUUUGCUGUCCUCCGCGAUAUCGUUCGAUUAUAUGUGAUGACCCCUUUUGCCAACAAGGUUCUCUUUGGCAGCACAAGGGGCUAUAUACCCAACUCGAAACGCUCAAAAGCAAACGGAAAUGGCGUUGCAAACGGUAAUGGGCACACCAGGACGAAUGGCCACUACGAGGUCCGCAAAAUAUCGGCGAAGAACCGCGUCCGCGAGCGAAAUGUCAUUCGCUUUGCAGAACAAGGCUGGCCAAUCGUCUACUACACCAUCUGGUGGUCUUACGGAAUGUACAUUCACAUGUCGCUGCCCACGUCGCCUUGGAAUUUAGACUAUCUCUGGAUCGGUUUACCACAUACACCUCUCGCCGCACCCUUGAAAACUUACUACCUCACGCAAUGUGCAGUCUGGAUCCACCAACUCCUCAUCGUCAACGCCGAAGCAAAACGCAAGGACCAUCUCCAAAUGAACGCACACCAC